AUGGACGAUAGACGUUCUGCACGGCUUGCACAGCUUGCAGCUCAGAACAAGAUGCCUCGCGUCGGCGUGAUUGGCGCUGGCAUCUCUGGGCUUCGGAGUGCCCAAGUCCUGCUCCAAAAGGGCUUCCACGUGACAGUUCUUGAGGCAAGGGAUAGAAUUGGUGGUCGACGAAUCGUUGUAGUGAAGUGGAAACUGACCAUCAGGGGCGCAAACUGGAUCCAUGGCAUGGAGAAAAACCCCAUAGGGCGACUUGCUGCUGAAACAGAUACAGUCUUGUGCAAAGAUGACCCCUUGUACGUCGUCUUCGACACUCAUGGACGCCGAAUACCAGAUGAUGUGGCAGAACAAUGCGGAGAAUUCGUCGAAGCAUUACUGGACGAAGCCGAAGAGUACAGUCAUCGAAACCAGGCCGAGAUUAGCCCCAGCAGAACUGUUCGAGACUUCAUGCUAGAGGAAAUCGCAAAGUCUAAAUUGUCCGCCGAGCCCAGGGUCAUCUGCGAGCAAAUGGUGCGUGGAUACGAUAGCUUGUUUGGCGAUCCUCUAGAGUCGCAGAGCCUUAAGUUCCUAUGUCUUCAGGACGGCCACAGCGGGGAAGAUGUUUUUGUUGCUUCGACAUACAAGGGUAUCGUCCAGAGUCUCGCCUUGGAAGCUUCUGAGGCAAUUCGGCUGAACCAGGAGGUCGUCAAGAUCACGACAUCGCCUAGGACAGACGACACUGAGGCUGUUACCGUCGAGACGAAAGCUGGGCUAGUUGAAACCUUUGACGAAGUGGUUAUGACCUGCCCCAUCGGUUGGCUGCAGCGGAACAAGGAUGUCUUCAACCCCCGGCUCCCCCCUCAGAUGGAGAAGGCCGUCGACGCCAUCGGAUUUGGAGACCUGGAGAAGAUUCUGGUUAGCUUCCCAACUCCUUUUUGGGAUCCACCCGAGCGAAAGGGCACGAGGCCUCCAGCCUUGAGCGAGUGGAAUUUUUUGAGCCCUCGGAACCACCCGUACGGGCCUGAAUUAGGUUCCUGGACUCAGAUGGUCGUCAGCCUUUCGAGUUUGCCGAGCGGAAAUGGGCAUCCUACCCUGCUCUUCUACAUUUGCCCGCCGCUCACACACAGGCUUAUGCCUAUUCUAAAAGGCAAGGAACCUCAUUCGGAGUUGUACAAUGAGGUCCUUCGGGAAUUUACAGAACCAUUCUAUUCUCUCCUGCCUAACUAUGACGCGGAUACCUGCCGACCCGCAUCAUUCCUGGCCUCACAGUGGCUCAACGAUCCUUUUGCAUAUGGAAGUUAUUCCAAUGCACGAGUUACGCAGAGCAACGCGGAGGAAGACUUUAGAAUGCUGAGGACAGGUGGAGGAAAAGGAAAGUUGGGGCAUAACCUCAUGGGCCAUGACCGCGGCAUAUGGUUUGCUGGAGAGCACACCAAUGCUCCAAGGGACAUAGGCACAACAACGGGAGCUUGGGCGAGCGGAGACAGAGCGGCUAAACAUAUCCUUUUGGCAUACGGGUUGAAGCCUUGA